UAACAUCAUGGAACGAAUUUUUGGUUUAGUUUUCCAUCUGUUUAUAACUUCGCACUCCUUUGGAGUGAUCGCCAUGAGCACACCAAGUCUUACGAGGGUGUCCCCCGGAGAUAGCGGCGGGCAGCAGGUGGAGGCUGCAGGCUCGACUCAUCUUCCCCAGCAAGAAACGGCUGCCUCUGGAAGCGACGAUAAUGGCUUCAUGGAAGACAUCGGCUUCUCACAUUUCUUUACUGACGUAGGCCUACAGAGCAGCGCUAGUAAUCUAGAAGUAGGUGGAGCAGGUGAGCAUCGUGGCUUCUCGUUGCCUCACGAUUUCACAGCAGCGGGUCUCGGAAGUGGUCAUCUGACUCCAGGUCCGCAUUUAGGUGGCGACCACCUAGGCGCUGGUAUUGGUCUAGGGUUCUCUGCCUCUACCAAGCAAGAACAGAACACUGAUGCGAAAGUUGAUCCUGCCAUCCAAGGUUUCAUUCCAGCCGAUCCUCUAUCCUUUGGUGGCCAUAUUUCCUCUUCGUCAUCUUUUGUUGAUACCAAAGCCCCGCCUUUCGUAAUCACUCAUCCAUCACCCGUUAGCCAACCAAUAUACAGGCCAUCGACGCAUAGUCCAUACGCUUCCGGUCAUCUCCAAACAAGCGAUUCCAAACAGAAGACCCAUUCUAAGUACCCACAGGGAAGAUAUAGAGGAGAUACAGAAUCAAGGCAGACCCCUAGUAGUAACCAGAAGCAUCCCAGGUAUGGCGGAUCUCAUUCUGCAUCAUCUCAUUCCAAUUCCAAUCUAGGUCCAUCUCAUCCACCCACUUACGAAGAUCCCCGCAGUGCCAAAUAUGAAGAAGAAUCACCGAAAGAAUCAAACACUAAAGGUUUCGAGAACUCCAGAAAUGAAGGGUACCACUCUGAGGCCAGCGGGGACGAUGGCUACUAUUCUGGAAAGGACGAGAGCUACAAUCCUGGACCGAGGAAGAGAACCGACCACGGCCACAAUAACCCUCACCGGGAGUCUUACCAUGCCCCUGGUUAUGACUUCCAUGCCCACUACCACGAUGAUGAUGAUGAUGAUGAUGAUGAUGAGUACAGCUAUGCCCCCGUCCACCAGGAAGAGUCUCGUCAUGAGCCUCAUGGUGAUUAUCCUGAACAUGGAAGCAGUACCCGUCAACGGCCAUACAAACACGACCAUCAUGGCGGUAAUUCACAGCAUCAUGGCGGACCAAGGGAGCACUACAAGAAUGAAAACAGGUAUCAGGACGAGAAUCCAAAAUAUAAUAGACCCAACAGACCGCAGCAACAUGAAAGAGAUCGAUCGGAGUCUCGACCUGAAGAACAUUAUGAGAAUCAAGGAUCUGGAAAGUCAGGUUAUGAUGGGCCGUGCAGGAUAGAGGAGAAAGACGGAAUGACUUGCAAGAUCUGCAAGGACGAGGAAGGAGCAUUUUCGGAGCACUGCUCCCACAGCAAAAGGAACGGCAAAGACAGAGUUUACGCCAACAGUCGUCGAGGCAGCCACAAUCGCAAAGGGCCCGACGUCGGGAAAAAUUCCCACAGCAGUAGCCAGACGCGUUCCAACCCUGUUUAUGAGGAUAGGUCGGGACACAGUCAUGGGAAGCCGCCAAAUCCCUACCAGGAGAACUCCUAUAGACCAUACCGAAUUUAUGACUAUGAUGGGGAUUAUUCUACUUUGGUGCCUGAAUCUGUUCCUUACGCCGUGGAUCGGAUGGGCGUGGUUCAUGCCGACGAUUUCGCCCAAGACCUUUAUUUUGAUGCAUUCGCAGAAGGUUCAUCCUUCGAUCCUUACAUCGUUGAGACGCCGUAUGACGGCUUCGACGAGGCAUCCCUAGAUUUCGGCCACGAAGAGCACGGACAUCCCUUCACAGCUUUUGGGGAUGACGACGAUGUCGAACAUGGGCACAGUCACGGGCACGCUGCUGCUGCCCAACGUAGAGCCGACUAUGUCGAGCCAAAUAAAUCGGAAGCUGAGGUUAUUGAGAGGAAACAGGAGUACCCUGGCGUGAUUCAUGAUCACUUCUACCCACUGGAUCACGAGGACAACUAUGCAGAACUGACGAGAAUGGUGUCCCAGUUCAAGAAGAAAGACCGGUCAUCGUGCAAGCAGGUCCAGAGAGAGGGCAUGUCAUGCUUCGUUUGCCAAGACCCCUACGGGAUGGAGGACGAGGAAUGUAUGUACGCUGCUCGAGACCCCAAUGGGCAUGACAUCAAGUACUCCGAGGAAGUUUCUUAUGGAAGCGGCACUUAACUCAAAGGACUUUGUUUACCUCAGAGAAGAAAACGGUCGGAGAUUAGCUGCCGCUACUUCAUAAACGGUUUCACUGUGGCAACAUUGAUCAGUUCGUCUGGCGAUUGACUACUUCGUAACCGUUUGAUCUGUUUCUUUGACUCCUUAGAUGAACCAGUUGACUUUUUUUUUUUUUUAUGUUUCGUUACCCUUACUUUUACUCCCGACAUCCCUUUUAGGUUGUUAUUUCUUUCUUAUUUCUGUUCUUCAGAAACCUCUUAAACUAUUUUUGUUUUCGUAAGAUUAUAUUUAUCAUCUUAUCAUUCUUGUUUUUCUUAGCAUAUAUUUUGCAGUGUGAUUUUUUGAACCUCGCGCAAUUUAGAUUCUUUUUUAUAGGGAAUCAUGUGGUUGUAGUCAUUUUGUGUCAUCUUUAAUGGGAUUACGUUACUUAAUUUGUCUUACGUAUAAACCGUUCAUUUGAACAAUUUUUUUGUUUUUGUUUUGCCUCUUUACCUUCACGUUUUCGAUUUUCGUAUAAGGUAUUUUUUUCUAUUAUAUCAUCUUUCAUAUCGUGCAUUUUCUUCCAUAUCUUGUUUAUUUGCAUUUGAUUACAAAAUCCUCUUUUCGUCGUCUUUAACACCAUCUAAAAUAAAUAUAUGCUCAGUCAAGUCUCGUAUUCAUUUUUAUGUCUUGUGUUAAAAUGCUCAUUUCCUUAAAUUCUGAUAUCAUCAGAUUCUUUUAUAUUUUUCCACUUCGUUAUUUCGUGACUGGUUUUCGAGGUAAUUAUGACCAAUAUUAGUCGGAAUGUACGCACGUUUGUAUGUGAAAGCUCCUCUUACAUGAAAAAUAGCCUCUCUUCAUUGAAUUGUUUUUUAUUUUCCGUUCUUUUAUCUUUUGUCUUUCAUUUUUACUUCCACAAGUUGCGCUCGUUCCUUUUCGGGAGCUCACACAGUUCGUUUUUAAGUACUUUUACUUUUCUUGUUAUCAGAUUUUUACUUGCAUUGUUCGGGUGAAGCAAAAAUUCUAUUCCACGUAUUUUUUGAGUCGGGAUUUUAUGCUUCGCCCUUUUUGAUGUUUAUUGCCUUAGUGAAGCAAA